AAUCCAUAAUUUCAAUUUUUUUCGGAUUUUAACAUACAUUGAUUUCUGUUUCAAUUUUCUUUCCGAUUUUUAACAUACGAUGAUGUUUGUUUUUGGUUUCACUUUGUUUAUUGUAGUAUGGAUAGGAGAAGGUUAGCAGGCGAGAGAAGACAGAGCGUCCCGGCGACUCCUGGGGCGCCAUCAUCACCGCUGCAGCGUCACACUAGGUCUGGAUCAAGCUAUGGAAGUACAGGGAACCCGAGGAAAGCGCAAACCAAAGCAGCGGCGCAAAGGCUGGCUGCCGUUAUGGCUCAUCAACAAAACGAUGAUGAUGGUGAUGAUUAUGACCAACUUGAUCAUAGUAGCGUUAGUAGCACGGGAAGCAUUGGAUUCUCUGGUGCAAGACCAACGCGUCCUCUCUCCCCUCUGACUAAAAACGUGGCUCAAAGGCGAGUUCCACAGGCAAUGACACCACAAGCUGAUGACCACAAUGAUGAGGAUGACCUUAUUGUGAGUGGCAGGCCAAGUAUUGGGCUUGGUGGUGCAAGACAGAUGCAGGCGCGCACUCCUGUGAUCAAAACUAUUCCUCAAAGGCGACCAUCACCAGUGAUGAAACGGCAACCGUCUGAUGAUGACAAUGAUGACGAUGUUCCAGUCAGUAACAAAGCAAGUACAGGUGUCGCUCCUGCAAGGUCAAUUCGGUCACCCUCUCCUGCGAAGAAGAAAAGCUUAGCUCAAACUCGAGCACCGCCACCACCAGACGAUGAUGAUGAGAAUGAAGAAGAUGACCUUUUAGUGAGUGGUACAACAAGAAUAGGGCUCGGUGGAAGGGCAGUGCGGCCUCGCUCUCCUGCGACUAAAAGUAUAGCUCAGAAGCGGAUGCCACCAGCUGUUACACAGCAAACAUCUGACAAGGAAAGUGAUGAGGAAGAGGUUUUAGUUAGUGGCAGACCCAGCAUUGGUCUUGCUCGUGGUAGGGCAAUGCAGCCACGCCCUGCUAUGGUCAAAACCAUGGCUCAAAGGCCUGUGCAACAGGUACCACAGCAACCAAGUGAUGAGGAUAAUGAUGAGGAUGAGCUUGCUAACAGUGCAGUGAGUGGCAAAGCAACCAUUGGACUUGGUGGAAGAGCAAGACCUUCAUCUUCUCCCUUGUCAGUUCGCAUACAUCAAGAUCAGUCGUCAUCCACACGUUCAACACCAGGCAGUCAUACCUCUCUAUCUGUCAACAAUAAGGAGCAACCAGUAUCAGCUCACUCCAUUAACUCUGUGGAGCAAUCCAUGUCACCUUCAGCUGGACGAUUAUCUCAGCAGAGUUCUGUAGAACAACUUCAUACUAGACAGGCUUCAAGUGUUGUCCAGCCAUCUUCAUUAGAACAACCUGUAUCUCCUUGUUCUACAGGUCCAUGUCGCCAACAGUUGAGAAUCAUGACAGCUCAGGCGGUACCUAAGCCGACCUCAUCUGGUACUACACCUGAGGUUUCAGCUGAUAGUUGCAGAGAAAAACGAUUGAAUUCAGAUUUUGCGAGUAUGGGUGGCGUGAAAGCUAGGGAAAGGCAGCAGUCUGCUUCCGCUCUACAAGAUGAGCUUGAUAUGCUACAGGAUGAAAAUGAAAGUUUACUUGAAAAGCUUCACCUUGCAGAGGAGAGGUUUGAGGAAGCAGAAGCGAGAGUUCGGCUGCUUGAGAAACAGAUUGCUGAUCUUGGAGAAGGUGCAACUCUAGAAGCACGUCUUUUAAGCAGGAAGGAGGCAGCCCAGCAGGAGAGGGAGGCUGCUUCAAGAGGUGGAGCACAAGCUCAGGCUACACUUGAACAGAUUGCUGCUCUCCAGACAGAAGCUGAGAUUGCUAGAGAUGAAACAAAUUCUGUCCUAGAGAAGCUCGGUGAAGCGGAGUUUGAAAUCAAAGCACUGCAAACAGUAACUCAAAGGAUGAUGUUGACUGAGGAAGAGAUGGAAGAGGUUGUUUUAAAGAGAUGCUGGCUUGCUCGUUAUUGGAGUUUAUGUGUGGAUCAUGGUAUUCAGGCCGAUAUAGCCGGGGUGAAACAUGAAUAUUGGUCAUCAUUUGCACCUCUUCCUGUUGAAAUAGUAUUAGCUGCCGGACAAAGAGCCAGAGAGGAGGAUAUUUCAACCGGGGAUGAUCUAGAAGAAAGAGGAAAAGUCCUGCAACACACUAAUGAACUAUCUGGAGAGAGAAAUGUUGAAAGCAUGCUUUUAGUAGAGAAAGGUCUAAGGGAACUGGCUUUGUUAAAGGUAGAGGAUGCAGUUGCAUUUGCAAUGGCUAAACAGCGACGCCAAAAUAUGCUAAAAACUGAGGAGGUGAAACUACCUACCGAGGGUCAAUUUGAGGUAUUUGAAUUGAGCCAAGAGGAGUCUGAAGACGUGCGUUUUAAGCAGGCUUGGCUUACAUAUUUCUGGAGGAGGGCAAUGAACCAUGGAGUGGAAGCUGAUAUUGCAGAUGAACGUUUGCAGUCAUGGAUCCAAUGCAGCUCUCAAUGUAUUACUUCGCAGGAUGCAGUUGAUGUUGAGCGUGGGCUUAUGGAGAUUAGGAGGUUAGGGCUGGAGUCCCAGUUAUGGAAGACAUCUCGGCGAGGACUGGAGUUAGGGGCUACCGCCAGGUUGCAUAUUGAGACAGGUUUCUGAUACCAAAAAUUUAUUGUCAAUCUUAUUCAUUCAUUUCUAGGAAAUACUUUAGAUGACCUGGAACUUGGUGAGGUCAGAGUUUAUAUGCAACCAAAAUUUUGUAAUAUGUUGCUCUCGUUUUGCCAAUGAAUCUGGUAAUGGAUGUCCUUGAUAUAUAUAUAUAUAUAUAUAUAUAUAUAUAGUUAGUGCAGCUUUGUUA